UCUUCAUUCAUUUAAUUUAUACUCAGGCCUAUGUCGCUUGUUUGUCCUUUCUACAUAUUGCGAUGGCACACUAUUGUAGACUUUGGAGCACUUCGGACACAUUUGUAACUCGAUUUUCCAGGGACAUUCAAGCUUGUGCACAGCCCUCCUCUUGGGAUAAGCCAUUGCAAGCCCACUGCUGAGUAACACUGCUGCUCUUCACUUCCCUUCAGUGUAGGAUGGUGGCACCAGAGCUCAGCAAUAACCUGCUGCCGAGGUGCAGCAGCUGCAGCGGAGGGCAGCACCGGGACACAGGAGCAGGAGGUUGCAGGGCUCCGUCACGUGUUGAAUAAAUUAGAUGUGGAGAGGGGGGACGUCCUGCCUCCGCGCUCCGGCCCCACACUGUUGGGUUUCAGUCAGCGUGCUGCAGCGGCGUGCGCAUGGGUGUAUGUGUGUGUGUGUGUGUGUGUCCGAGCAGGCAGACAGUCGAGCAGUGCACAUGAGCUGAACGCGUCCCGCUGCAGGAGAGAGACAGGGGAAGUUCCACGAUCUGCAAACUUCGCAAUCUUACUUUUUUAACCCGCUUCGCCCCCGGGGCUGCGGAGGAAACUAAUUGGGUCCCAGCGGAGUAAUCGCCCACAAUCACUGGCGAAGGAUCCCCGGGUUCUUUUUCCUGAGUCCUGAGAUGGAUGUAACUUUCACUUUGGGCUUUGUGUUCGCUCGGGGAUUCUGAGAGGAAGAAACCAGGCUUGGAGCAGAUGCAUGUUUAAAAAGAAGGAGCCAAAAUGAAGACAGUUGCCAAGGGCUUUGGGAAGUCUAUAAUGGCCCCUUCGCAUUGUGAGGGAUGGUGGAAUACAAGGAUAGUGCUCAUGGUGUAUAUGGCCUUGGAGCUUGUAACACUCCAUUCAUCCCUGGUCCUAGGGACCCUUGAGCUACAACUAGAUGAGGAACAACCAGCAGGCACAAUUGUAGGUGAUAUCAGUGCCGGUCUUCCUCCUGGCAUCACAGCAUCCCUGUACUUCAUCUCAGACCACGAGGGAACAGGUGUGGGCAGUGAUUUGGACAUAGAUGAGAGCACUGGCAUUAUUAAAACUGCGAAGGUUCUUGACCGGGAACUGAGGGAUAGAUACAACUUCAUUGCAGUCACCAUGACAGGUGUGACUGUGGAGGUGACCAUCACGGUGAAUGACAUAAACGACCAUGCUCCAACAUUCUCAAGAAAACAGGCAAUGUUUAAAAUCCCAGAGCAGACAGCCAUUGGAACUAGGUUUUCUCUUGAGCCGGCUGUGGAUGCUGAUAAAGGCCAGCUCACGACCCAGGGUUACCUUAUCAAAGACGGAAAUGUUGGCCAAGCGUUCACCUUGGAGACCAGGAGGGGAAGCAAUGAGGUUCUCUAUCUGGACUUGGUGGUCAACUCCGUUCUAGACCGAGAGAAAAGAUCCACCUACACAUUAUACUUAGAGGCCUUUGAUGGUGGUUCCCCAAAAAGGACUGAUCAGAUGACAUUAGAUAUUACUGUACAAGACAUCAACGACAACGCUCCUGUUUUCAACCAGAGCCGCUACCAUGCCAUAAUAUCUGAGAACCUCCAACCAGGAAGCAACAUCCUGCAGGUAUUUGCCACAGACGCUGAUGAAGGGGACAACGGAAUGGUGCUGUAUGAAAUCAACAGGAGACAAAGCGACCCGGACCGCUAUUUUGUCAUCGACUCUCGAGCUGGCAUCAUUACACUCAACAAGCCGCUGGACUUUGAGAUGAGGAGAGUUCAUGAGCUGGUGGUCCAGGCGCAAGACAACGCAACCCAGCCAGAGGUGACUAAUGCCUUCGUCACCAUCCAUGUCCGAGACUACAAUGACAACCAGCCCACCAUGACCAUCAUCUUUCUCAGUGAGGACGGGUCUCCCAGAAUCUCAGAGGGUGCCCAACCAGGCCAGUAUGUAGCCAGGAUCUCAGUCACUGACCCAGACUAUGGAGAGUACGCCAACGUCAAUGUGUCACUGGAAGGAGGAGAUGGGAAGUUUGCCCUGACCACUAAGGAUAGCAUCAUAUAUCUGAUUUGUGUGGACCAAAUUCUGGACCGUGAGGAGAGAGACACCUAUGAGCUGAGGGUGAUGGCAACAGACUCAGGCAUGCCUCCUCUCAGGGCCGAGUCCUCCUUCAUCAUCCAGGUGACUGACGUCAAUGACAACCCUCCUCUGUUUGACCAGCCAGUGUACAGACAGGUCAUCCCUGAAGUGGUGUUUCCAGGGAGCUUUGUGUUACAGGUGACUGCUAGAGACAAAGACCAGGGCCCCAAUGGGGACAUAAACUACAGCAUUCUGCAAGGCCAAGGUGCUUACUCCAAGUGGUUUAAUAUAGACCCUAUUACAGGGAUUAUCACCACUCUCUCCCAGAUGGAUUAUGAAAAGAAUCCCAAUCCCAGUAUAACUGUGGUUGCCAGAGAUGGAGGGAAACCACCCCUGUCUUCCACUGCUGUGGUAAACAUCGUACUUCAGGAUAUAAAUGACAAUGAGCCUGUUUUUGAGAGACACUUCUACAAUGUCUCCAUCAGGGAGAACACAGUUCCAGGGAGCUGCAUUCUGGAGGUGACCGCGACAGAUGCAGACGGCGGGUCCUUUGGCUCCAUUACCUACUCCCUUGGCUCUGGCAUUAACAGCGCCGCUCCCUCUCAGUUCACCAUUGGCAAGGAGACUGGCCAGAUCUGCACUAGUGCUUUCCUGGACAGAGAUCAAGGGCCGGCCAGUUUCGACUUUACUGUUACUGCAGUGGAUGGGGGUGGACUGAGUUCAGUAGCCUAUGUGAAGGUGGACCUGGUCGACAUCAAUGAUAACAAACCCGCGUUCUACCCGGUCAGCUAUGCCGUUAGUUUGAGCACGCAGAGCGCCCCGGGGACAUCUGUUGUCAGAGUGACGGCCUAUGACUCAGACUCAGGCGAGAAUGGAAGAAUUACGUACAAGACGGCGCCUGGAGGGGCCUCUCCGUACUUUACACUCAACAAAGACACAGGUGUGAUUUCCCUGUCCAGGUCUGUCUACGGGAAGGCCAACACUGUCAUUCCCAUGGUGAUCUCUGCUCAGGACGGUGGCGGUCUGGUCGCCCUCGUCAAUGCCAGAGUCAACAUCAGUGUGGUGGCGGGGCUGGUGGCGCCACCUGUGUUUGAACAGACUCAGUACUACUUCACUGUGUCAGAGGACGUCCUGCGCGGAACAGUCGUGGGCAUUGUUCAGGCCAGCAGUAAGACAGGCACUUCCAGAGAGAUCUCCUACACCAUCAGCUCGGGGGACCCGGCGGGUCACUUCACGGUGGACCCUGACACUGGGGCCCUAAGGACAAGUCUGCCCCUGGAUCAUGAAGCCCAGUCAGCUCUUGAUUUAGAGGUACAGGCCCGCAGCGGAAACCCCCCUGCCUUCGGCCAGACCCGCGUCCACAUUACCAUCGCGGACGUCAACGAUAACCCGCCCGUUUUUCUGCCCUCGUCGUCCGAGUCCCUGCUGCUGCCGGAGCACACAGAAAUGGGCACAGUGGUGUAUCGGGUCCAAGCCGAGGACAGAGACUCCGGAGUCAAUGGACACCUCACCUUUGACCUUUCUUCGCCAAGUGGAAUCCAGAGGACCUUCAGCAUAGAACGCAGCAGUGGAGACAUCCGAUUGGUCGGGAGCCUCAACUAUGAAAAUAGCCCCCGCUAUGACCUCCAGGUGAUUGGCAAGGAUAACGGGGUUCCCCAGCUUAGCGCCUCCUUCGUGCUUGUGGUUCAUGUCCAGGCGGAAAAUGACCAGGGACCGGUGUUCGAUACCCUCACCUACCGUGUUGAAUUAAAGGAAGGUACCCCGAUAAACACACGCUUCCUGCAAGUGAGAGCCCUGAACAGAGAGGCCCCUGGCUCAGGUCACUUCAGUCCCCUCGCGUAUCACCUGCGUCCAGACGGAGAUGCUGCAGGGUUCGGCAUUGCUGCGGACAGCGGCUGGCUGUUUGUGAAGAGUGCCCUGGACAGAGAAGUCAAGGACAUGUAUCUCCUCACAGUGCUGGCAAGUGCAGGUCACGGACAGUUGAAGAAGACGGGCAGUGCCACAGUGCGGAUAUCGGUGACCGAUGAGAAUGACAACUCUCCCCGACUCACACAGGAGAGGGUCUUCAUGGCUGUGAGAGAAAACCUGCCUGCAGGCACGGGCUUUGGUCACGCGUCUGCCACAGACCGAGACAGUGGUCCCAACGGACGCCUCGGCUACCGCUUCCUGCACGCUGACCGCCACUUCCAAAUAAACUCCCACACAGGUGAGAUCAGUACAAGGACGACUCUGGACAGAGAGCAGCAGUCCAGCUACCAGCUGGUGGUGGUGGUACAAGACGGAGGUUCGCCCCCUCGCAGCGCCACUGGCACAGCCUUCAUCACGGUCCUGGACGAUAACGACAAUGACCCCACGUUUACCCACAGCCAGUCGGGGAAACAUCUCAUCAUACAGGUGACAGAAGGUCAGUCGUCUGGGGUUUUACUGGGCACGUUGCAAGCCAAAGACCCCGAUGAAGGAGAGAAUGGCACAGUGUUCUACUCUUUGUCAGGUCCGAGGGCUGAGCGUUUCUCCUUGAACCCAAACACCGGCGAGCUGCGUUCCUCAUCUCCUCUGAGCCACUCGGAGCGAGCCGAGUACACCCUGACGGUGACAGCCACUGACAGAGGACUGCCCCCUCGCAGCACCUCCUGCUCCCUCACCGUUCAGGUUCUCAGCAUUAACAGACCUACUUCUAAGACCAAUUCGCUGUCCAUAUCUUUCAACUCUGUGGAGGAAACCAAGCCUGGCUCUGUCAUUGGCUCAGUCCGCCUCCGUGACCGAGAAACCCCAGAGGAAGGGGAGGUGACCUACACAGUGGUUGGGGGCACCGACCGAGAUGGAACAUUCGUGUUAGACCGUCUUACUGGGGACGUGUAUCUGGCUCGCGCCCUUGACUAUGAGCGAGACGCACACUACACCCUGCAGAUCGAAGUGGAUGACUUCUCUCAGGCCCCUCCCAGCAGCACCCUGGUCCACCUGGGCAUUGAUGUGGAGGACAGCAAUGACCACACCCCUCAGUUCCCCGAGGACCCCGUCACCAUCGUCAUCUCUGAGAGUAUGGAGCCCGGCUCCUCUAUCUAUACUUUUCAAGCAAUAGACAAGGAUGGCAGUGGGCCCAACAGCGAGGUGAGGUACUCGGUUCUCCACCAGUGGCCAAACACCCCUGGCCUACUAAACCUCGACCCGACUUCAGGGGUUCUCUCCUUGGGCCAGGAGCUUGACCAUGAGGUCACCUCCAACCUCAUCCUCGUUGUAAAGGCAACCGACUCUGCCCUUGAUGUCAGCCAGAGGCGCUGGGGUAGUGUCACGGUGAGGGUGUACGUAACCGAUGAGAACGACAAUCCACCGGUGUUCAGCUCGCCGACAGCUGUCAGCGUGAUGGAAGACCAGCCGGUGGGCUUUGUGGCGUUGUAUGUCAUGGCCAGAGACGCGGACCAAGGGGAGAACGGUAGAGUGACCUACAGCAUCCAGUCAGGCAACACAGGAGGAACAUUCAGCCUCAACCCUAACACAGGCUCUCUGUCGAUUUUCAAACCCCUGGACCGCGAGGAGCAAGACGUCUUUAACCUCACAAUAAUCGCUGAGGAUCACGGGAUACCCCGGCACUCGUCGAGCCAGCUGCUGUGUGUCCACGUGAUCGAUGUUAAUGAUGAGGUACCCUGGUUUGAGGAGAGCCAGUACGAAGCCCAGAUCUCUGAAAACCAGCCUCCGGGAACUAGUGUGUUGACGGUAUCCGCCUCAGAUCUGGACCAAGGGUCCAAUGGGCAGGUGACGUAUGGCGGUAUCUCAGAGGAAGGUUUCCACAUCAACCCAGCGACAGGUGUCAUCACAACCACAAAGUCGCUGGACCGGGAGCUCCAGGAAUACUACACAGUGACAGUUUAUGCAAAGGAUGGAGGCCUCUUACCCAACUAUGCUAAAGCGACAGUGAGGAUCAGAGUGCUCGAUUUGAAUGACAACGUCCCCGUCUUUGGACGCCUCUACUAUGGCAUAGAGGUGCCGGAAAACCUGGACGCAGCGCCUCUGUUCACCCUCAGAGCCACAGACCCUGAUGCAGGAGACAGUGGGGAGAAAAACUACAGAAUUACAGCUGGAGAUCCAUCUGGAGACUUCCACUUGGACAGACGGUCAGGUGUGCUGUCCACUUUGAGGCCUCUGGAUCGGGAGAAGAGGGCUAGGUACAUGCUCACAGUCACAGCUCAGGACCAGGGCCACCCUUCCCUCAGCAGCACCGCCACUGUGGAGGUCACUGUUCUCGACAUCAACGACCAUAGUCCCCAGUUUCAGAGCGGCAGCUACACCGCGGACGUUUCUGAAGAUGUUCCCAUUGGCUCACUGGUGCUGGAGGUGAAAGCCAUUGACCUGGACCAGGGCCCAAACAGUCAGGUGCUGUACUUCCUCAGCCGCGGCUCCCAGAGCAUGUUCAUCAUAGAUGAGAACUCAGGCCGCAUUAUCACAGCAGCUGCCCUGGACAGAGAGAGAACCGCCUCUUACACCUUUGAGGUGUGUGCCACUGACUCCUCCCCGGCAAACCCCCGCAACUCCACCGCUCAGGUGACCGUCUACAUUCAAGAUGUGAACGACAACGUUCCCUUCUUCAUUCUGGACCCGCUUAUUGUGAACAUCUCUGCCAGCAGUGUGUCUAGCCGGCGAGUGCUGGCCACCAUGAGGGCGGAGGACAAGGACUUUGGGGCUAAUGGCUCUGUUUUUUAUCGUUUCGCCAACCCUGUGAGGGGCUUUACCAUCAACUCGCUGACCGGGGACAUCCAGGCCACGGAGAAGCUGCAAAUUCUGACCCAAAGCCAAAGGACUUUGAUUGUUCAGGCCAUGGACCAGGGCAACCCGGCUCAAUCUUCCCUCGGGGUGGUUAUCAUUUAUAUUAGGGAACAGAGUUACAGGGGGAUCCGCUUCUCUCGCACAGCUCGAGAUGUCAGUCUGCAAGAGAACGCUGCUAAAGGUACAGUGGUAACACAGACUCAGGCCCAGUACCCUGAUGGCUCCCAGACUGGUAUCAGCUACAGUAUCUUCAGUGGAAACAGAAUGCAGUCUUUUGGAAUUAACACUAUUACUGGUGAAAUAUGGGUCCAGAAAUCUGAAGGGCUAGACUUUGAGGAGACCCCGAAACUCCGCAUUGUGGUGAAAGCCGAGACGGCGUCCUCCAGCUCCUACAUGGCUGUCAACUUAAUCCUGCAGGACGUCAACGACAACUUGCCACGCUUCCAACUCCAGAACUACGUAGCCUACAUCAGAGAGGCACAGGGCUACGAUUUUCCCAUUAUCCAGGUUGCGGCAGAUGACCUUGACCAAGGUCAAAAUGGUCAGGUGACCUACUCCAUCAGGUCAUCGUCCAUGAGUGGCUUGUUCAAGAUAGACCCACUGACGGGCAGCAUCACCACUGCAGCUAUAAUGGACAGAGAGAUCUGGACGCAAACAAAGCUUGUUGUUACGGCAACAGACCGGGGAACCCCGCGGCUGGCUGGCUCGGCCACUCUCACUGUGAUCAUCAUCGACCUCAACGACAACAGCCCCAUGAUUCCUCUGCCGCGGGAGAUCCAUGUGCCGGAGGAUACUCUGAUUGGCACAGUUAUCACCCAGGUAACAGGAAAUGAUGUGGACUCAGGGCCGGCCCUCUCUUACACACUACACCUGGAUACAAACAGCCAAGGCAUGUUUGGGAUUCAUCGUUACGGAGGAGGAGUGUCUCUAACCGGCCCUCUGGACUACGAGGAAAAGACGUGGUACACUCUGACCAUCCGCUCAUCGGACUCCAAACAUCAGAGCGAGGCCAACCUCACCGUGCUGGUGGAUGAUGUGAACGAUAACGCCCCCACCUUUACCCAAGACUUGUAUCAGGUGACUGUAUCAGAGCACCUCCCUGCGGGCAGUGCAGUCAUCACAGUAACAGCCACUGACCGUGACUCCGGGGAGAACGGGAAGAUUACCUACAGAGUAGUGUCAUCAACUAGGGGCGUCUUCUACAUUGACCCAAAUAACGGGACUCUGUUCAUCAACCAAAAAACCGAGUUUGACUUUGAGAAUCCGUCCAUCCUGGUUGUAAUUGAGGCGCGGGACCAGGGCACUCCACCCCUUUCAUCCAUUGCCACUGUCCAGGUACAAGUGUCCGAUGUCAACGACAACACCCCCAUCUUCCACCAGUCAGAGUACAGAGUCACUGUGUCUGAAGACGGGCUUCCUGGAUCAACUGUUCUGAUCUUAGAAGCCGUAGACGGAGAUCUGUCCCGGGACAACUGUGGUUUUGAUUUUGCCAUUGCCAGUGGCAACUCAGGUAAUGCCUUCCAGAUUGAGAGCAGUGUGCGCUUCUUGGAGGGGCAGGGCUUCCAGACAGUGGGCAGCCUGAUCCUGGUGGAGGAGCUGGACUUUGAGGCAGUGCCAAGUUAUAACCUGACUGUUGUUGUGUCCGAUCGAGGAAUCCCUCAACGUAGCUCCAGUGUGCCUAUCCUUAUCAGUGUUUCAGACGCCAAUGACAACCCUCCAGCUUUCAGCCGAGCAGAGUUCAGCGCGGUACUGAGUGAAGGUGCAGCGGCGGGGACGGAGAUCUUGCAUCUAUCGGCCACAGAUCCGGACUCCGCUCCCAAUGGAGAGGUGCAGUACUUCAUAAGCUCAGGGGACGAGACAGAACUUUUCCAGAUGGACCAGUGGACCGGAGCCUUAAGGCUGCAGAGACCCCUGGACAGUGAGAGACAGUUGAAGCAUGUGAUUGUUGUUCAGGCUACUGAUGGUCAAGGGCACUAUGCUUUGGCCCCAGUCAGCGUUGACGUGAAGGACAUCAACGAUAACCGGCCCUUCUUUCCCCUCAAACUAGUAACUGCUAGCAUCAGAGAAAAUCAGCCCCAGAAUGCCCUAGUCACCAUGCUGCAUGCAAUCGACCAUGACAGAGGUGUGUUUGGACAGUUGAGGUACUACAUGAUGGACAACUCUAAAGAGGGAAAAGAUGCUUUCCUCAUCAACCAAACUUCAGGAGAAGUGCGGACUCGCUCCACUUUUGACUUUGAGAAGGUAACCUCCUUUGAUUUUGUGGCUGUCGCCAUGGAUGCCGGCAAUUAUUCUGCCAGUGUGACGGUGCAGGUCUACGUUACGGGGGAGGAUGAAUAUGAUCCUGUUUUCACGUCCUCAGAGUUCUCGUUCGAUGUGCCCGAGGGAGCGAAGAAAGGUCAGAUCAUUGGCAAAGUACAAGCCAGAGAUGAGGACGGAGGUGUGGAUGGCAUUGUUCUCUACUCGCUCGCAGACGGUUCGCCAUAUUUUGAAGUCAAUAAAUCAACGGGAGCGGUCUCCUUAAAGAUGGACAGCUACAGUAGACAUGUGAGCCGCUCCAAGAGAGAGGUGCGUCUGAUGACACUGGACGUGACUGCUCACAGCCCUCUGGAGGCGUCACGCACAGCCGUGGCUAAAGUUACUGUAGAUGUGACUCACACAUCUUUUGGUCUCACCACAGACAUGAACAUGCUGCUCAUCAGCGUCAUUGCAGUUUCGCUCGGGACCAUAGUCAUACUAAUAAUAAUUGCUGUGGCACUGUUUUUUGUCAAAUUAAGACGCCAGAAGAAGAAGAAGGAGCAAGAAGCACAGGGGCGAACUCAAACAACAUCAGGCACCAUGCUGCAUAAGUUUGAGGAAACCAAAAUAACAGCAAAUGAAAUGAUUUACCACCAGGCCCUUCCUGGGUACACGACUGGUCAAAAUGUUGGCGGUGGGGGUCCAUACACCCGUGGUGGGUCCCUGGAUCCCUCCCACUCCAGUGGCCGUGGCUCUGCGGAGGCGGAGGCAGCAGAGGAUGAUGAGAUCAGAAUGAUUAAUGAAUAUCCACGGGUGUCAAGUAUCUCCUCCUCCAUGCAGGAGCGCAUCUCUGCCCGAGGUCCGGACUCUGGAAUCCAACAGGAUGCAGAUCAGCUAUCAGACGUGUCCUGUGAGCCUUCCAUAGACUGGUUCAAGGGAAAGAAGCUGGGCAGUCUGAAUAGCACGUUGUUAGCUGGCCAGGUGCCAGUCUACAGGGAUGAGGGGGGAGGGUAUGUGGGUGUGGGACGAGGACUCAGCAUCUCCCACCCUAAAGACUAUACCUUUCCAGAGAGUGGAAAGCCUGCAGUGGAUGCCUCCCUAACAGCUAUUGUGGCCAGUGACGAGGAGCUGAGGGGCAGCUAUAACUGGGACUACCUGCUAAACUGGUGUCCCCAGUUCCAACCCUUAGCUAAUGUUUUCACCGAAAUAGCACGUUUAAAGGAUGAAACGGCCCCUCCUCAGUCCCGCAGGUCAUUUCAUCACAAAGCAAAGGCCGAGUCGAGAAUAGACCCCCCGCCUCUCAUAACCUCCGUGGCCCACCCUGGGGCCAAAACUGUACCUCCAAAGCCCGCCGUAGGGAGGACGUUCCCACACUUGGCCUCUUUACGAAGAUCCCCCAUCAGCGGCGAGGGAUCAAUCUCCUCAGUUGCCAUGUCUCCAAGUUUCUCCCCCUCUCUGUCACCGCUGGCAGCGCGUUCUCCUGCCAUCACUCCCUUCAGUGUCUCGCAGGGACCCUCCGCAUCCAUGAUCAGCACAACGGAACACCAUUUGGAACACAUCGAGGAGGCGGAGCUGAGGAUUUAAAUCCUCAACGGUGAAUUAAACCUGACUCAUUGCUGUCCCAGACUUAUUCUACUGUAUGACCACAGGGGCUGCAACUUGAAACGAGUCAAUCUCUUCUCUAUUCUCUGUCUUAAGAGAACAAGUACACAUACUGUUUGGACUUACAUAAGUCCAAAUAGCUGAAGUUGUGGUGCUUACUGGAAGAAAAGAAAAAACUGAAGUACAUGACUAACAGGCCAAAACAGACCAUGCCUUUUGUGUGUGUGUGUGUGUGUGUGUGUGUGUGUUUGUGUGUUUGUGUGUGUGUGUGUGUGUGUGUGUGAAAGAAACUCCUUAUUCUUCUGUUGAUCAGUGUUAAUUUGCACAUUCGAAUAGGGAUUCAUACAUGAUGUCAAUAUUUUGUACAAAAGCAUUGUCUAUAUUUUUAUACUUGUAUGUGGUUUCUGACAAGAAAUGGCAUUAAAGUGUCAAAAGAGGUUGCUCAAAACCCCAGAAUAUAUUUCUAUAUUUGUAUAUUUGUAGCUUGUACUGUAUACCUGUUUGUACUGUAAGUUUGUUUUAUCUCAUGUAAUUCUUAACCUUGUGGUUUUAAAUGAAGGUCUUCAUUAAUGCUUUAUGAAUUGGGAUUUUUGUAACAGAUUGUUGUAAAUAUUUAUAGAAGAGGCAUCCUUGCUUGAACGAAUGAAACAUCAGUGCGAAUAGUGUAUUGUGUGAUCAGACUUCCCUUGGGUCCAGCGUUUGAUCUCAUAUCAAAAGAUGAUCAUGAAUGUGAAUUGAACAAAUGUCUUCGUCCUCAUCACACAUCACCUUGUUUUCUGCAAAAGGAAGAUGAAACUCGACAUCCAAUGAUCCUGCUCUUCAGGUUCCCUGCCUUUAAUUUCUCACUAUGCGCCUUACUGCUUUUCAUUUUGAAUCGUGAAAAUAAUUUCCAUUUGAGGCAGAACAUGGAGCUGCUACAGUGUGCAUGUAAAAUUGUUCGUUCUAUCAGCAGCCUUAUCAUUCCAGAGAACGUUCUGAAUCAUACCUUCUGAAUCGGUGCCAUGUUGACGCUGAAAAUUGCAGCAGCUUUUUUGAGUUUCAUAGAUUUGUUGUAUAGAUUUACUCCAAACUGUAAUGAAUGUUUUUUUGGACCAUCCCCACUUUUCAACAGCAUAAGGAAUUCUAUAUGAAUUAACAAAUGUCACACAAGGCGUGAAGAAGUGUAUAGUUAUGAAUGUUCAAAGACUACCAGAGAAUGUUUCCUAGUCAAUUAGAACAAAUUCAUGUCAUGUACGUGUUCAGCCAUAAUUCACACACCCUACAUAUAUUCAUGGUCAUAAUUGUACUUUUUGCCUCCGUUACAAAACAAGAUAAUUAAUUUGCAUUAAUGACUACCUAGAGCGCUGCCUUUGCUUAAAUGCGGAUUCCUCUCUCCUUAUAAUAGUUAUUAUAAGUAUUUUUCAUUUUCACACUCUUGAUAAUAUUAUAUGUUAAGCUACACUAACAUUUGACAGUAUUUUUUAUUUAUUAUCCAGGUACACCUCAGAAGCUGAGAGAUUUGGUAAAUUAUUAACAAGGAUGCUAUUUUGAUCACGGCCAAAUUUACAUGAGCAGUACCUAUUUGAUAGAAUGUUGUUAGUAUUCUCGUGUACUGAACAGUGUUACCUGCCAUCCGCAUUUCACGUUUGUGUGUGUAAUGGUGCCAUAGAGAAAUUCCUCCAAAUGUCCUCACAUGUCAUUCCAGGAUUGUCCCGAGAAGUGUUUGAGCAAAGUGCCUGAUUAAAGUACUCGUGAACACA